AUUCUGAGCGCACCCAAAAAAAAACACAAACAACCACAAGAACGCCAGAAAAACCAAGAUGGCGGUGCAAGAGACAGCAUCCCAACUGUCGAUGGCUCUCAAAGUCCAAGAAUAUCCCACCCUGAAGGUGCCGUACGAGACUCUGAACAAACGGUUCAGGGCGGCUCAGAAGAACAUCGACCGGGAGACGAGUCACGUGACCAUGGUCGUAGCCGAGCUGGAGAAGACGCUGAGCAGCUUCCCGGUGGUCGACUCCGUGGUGUCCCUGCUGGACGGCGUGGUGGAGAAACUCAGCGCCCUGAAGAGGAAGGCUGCAGAGUCCAUACAAGCCGAAGACGAGAGCGCCAAGUUGUGCAAGCGCCGCAUCGAGCACUUGAAGGAGCACAGCAGCGACCAGCCGGCCUCCGUCAACCUGUGGAAGAAGAAGCGCAUGGACCGAAUGAUGGUGGAGCAUCUGCUGCGCUGCGGCUAUUACAACACAGCUGUCAAACUGGCCAGACAGAGCGGCAUAGAGGACCUGGUGAACAUUGAGAUGUUUCUCACAGCGAAGGAGGUGGAGGAGUCUCUGGAGAGGCAGGAGACAGCCACUUGCUUGGCCUGGUGCCAUGACAAUAAAUCCCGCCUGCGCAAGAUGAAGAGUUGUCUCGAGUUCAGCCUGAGAAUCCAGGAGUUCAUCGAGCUGAUCAGACAAAACAAACGCAUGGAUGCAGUCAGGCAUGCACGGAAGCAUUUCAGCCAGGCGGAGGGUGGACAGCUGGAUGAGGUUCGGCAGGUGAUGGGCAUGCUGGCCUUCCCAUCAGACACACACAUCUCUCCAUACAAGGAUCUUUUGGAUCCGGCCCGCUGGAAGAUGCUGAUCCAGCAGUUCCGAUACGACAACUACCGACUGCACCAGCUGGGGAACAACUCGGUGUUCACCAUCACCCUCCAGGCCGGUCUGUCCGCCAUCAAGACGCCUCAGUGCUACAAGGAGGAUGGAACCUCGAAGAACCCGGACUGCCCCGUGUGCAGUAAAUCCCUCAACAAGUUGGCCCAACCGCUACCCAUGGCCCACUGCGCCAACUCCAGGCUAGUCUGCAAGAUCUCUGGGGAGGUCAUGAAUGAAAACAACCCCCCUAUGAUGCUGCCUAAUGGAUAUGUCUACGGCUACAAUUCCCUUCUGUCCAUCCGCCAAGAUGACAAAGUGGUGUGUCCCCGAACCAAAGAAGUCUUCAACUUCUCUCAGGCUGAGAAGGUCUACAUCAUGUGAUCAGCCAUCUGAGCGUUAACAUGACCGCAUACGGCCCCGGCCCCAGAUCCAGUGCCCCCCCCCCCCCCCCCCCCAGACACACCUGGAAUCUCCUACAACCCCCCCCCCCCUCCUCAAUUCAGGAUCAGUGCAAGUUUGCCAGUUCCCCCCCCCCCCCCCAUUUUACUGCACAGAAACUGGGUUCCUCUCUAGGACUCUGUGACUAAAGAAGAAUAAGUUGAUUCAUCUGAUCAAUUCAAGCAGCGGGACUAUCGACAGUUUCAUCAUGUGAAAGGUCUGCAAGACUCAUGGGGUGCAAAUACUGCUCAGUAGUUAUUUGAUUUUAUUACAACAAAUAAAAACCUGUUGAGGUUACAUUGACUUUUCACUGGUGGUGUUCCUUUGUUAUUAAAAAAAGAACAUGUGCACAAGUGUGUUAACUCACUCCUUUAACCAGAUUAAAGCGUCAGAUUUGGGCCCUUUUCAGGGCAACAUGGCCUCCAGGUCAUGUGGUAGCAUUUCAUUCUGUGAUGCAUGCUGUUGACAUCCUUUUGUCUUCUAGCCAUGGUUUUUUCUUUGGGGGGGGGUGUUAAACGCCUCCUGUUUUAACUGCCUUCCUUUUUUUGCAUUUCACUCCCCCUUUGGUCGUCAAAUGGAACUUGAUUCGGGCGGCGUUUGGCUCCUUUUUAAAUGUAAAUAUUAGGUAGCAAUGCAGCAUCCUCCUGUUUUAAAGUGUUGGACAAGUAACGACAACGAAGACGCUCCUUCUAGAGUCUCGCUGAGCUGAACAAGUCUUUUCUUGCGUGUUGUAAACCGGACGUUCGGCUUAACUGCUUUGUUCAGUAAAACUUCUCAUCUUUGAGGACGCUGGUAAUAUUAAUUGUGUUGUAUUUACUUCCUUGAUGAAAUUUACGCAAUAUUCAGACAAGACAACCAUCUCAGAUGUGCUUUUCUUUUUUUUGAAACAAAUUGUCUUCCUUGUGUUUUUCUGGUUUGCCAUUUGCAGUUCUCCGUUUUUUUUCCCUCCUUCAACUAAACGAGUACAUAUCGCUGGAUUUAGGAUAUUUAUUAUGUUUAGAGAUGAAACCCGGCCUGCUUUUUAUUCAAAUAUUUUUCAACAAUAAAGGGAAAGCCGGUGGUGACAUUUUCAGCCUUGUGGUCUGCGACUGUUGAGCUCUAUUCUUUGGGGUUUGUGCUGCAGAGCAGAGGUUCACACUACUUUGUUCCAUGCACACCUUCAUUUAAAUACCAAUGCAUUAAGAGGCUGGUUGCACAAUCCUACCUUUCCUUGGAGGGUAAGCGCUGACCUGAAAAAAGAAACAACGAUGUGCCCCUGAACAGACACACCAUAGCGCUCCCAAAACGUUAAACGUGAUCAACCUGUGGACUUUAAUUUCUUUCAUGUGUUUAUUGACAAACCAAAAGUUGCCUCAUUUGUGUCCUUCAAUGAUUUGGAACUGCAUCUGUAAUGGCACAGACUGUCCCGUGUAUUCGUGUGUGUAGACUAGGUAAAGGGAUUGUUUUUCUGAGCAAGCUGCCUCAUAAAGAUUGGAGUGAAGUUUG